AUGGAAUCGGCAAAAUCACCUCCAGAACAGAAUCUUCAAGAAUUCACUUUGAAAGAGGAUAACGAGCUGCGUUUUGAGGUCGCAAAUGGUGAUGUAAUGUUGGAGCUAGUGGAUGGGCGAGCUGAGGUUUUUGGAACCGAGCUUAUUCAGCAUAAGAAAUAUGUCUUCCCAGCUGGAUCGAGAGUAGCUGUAUUCACAUGGAAGAAAGCUGUCGUGGAACUUGUUGGAAAAACAGAAAGUGCUUAUGUUGCCGAACAAACUCCAAUGAUCAUUUAUUUGAAUACGCAUGCAGCUUUAGAGCAGUUACGUGAGCAUGCUGAAUCAGUUGUUAUGCAACAAGAACAAGCUCGUGGACCCUCAUUAAUGAUAGUGGGUCCAACAGAUGUGGGUAAAACAACAGUGUGUCGUAUUCUGUGUAAUUAUGCAGUCCGUGUGGGCAGAACACCAAUAUUUGUUGAUCUGGAUGUUGGACAGGGAAGUAUUUCUGUACCUGGAACUGUUGGAGCACUUUAUAUCGAGAAAACAGCUGAUGUUGUUGAAGGUUUUGAUAAAAAGGCACCCUUAGUAUAUCAUUUUGGAAAUCUUUCGCCUGGUUCUAACAUUCCACUAUACGAUUUACUAGUGAAGCAACUUGCGGAGGCAGUAUCGAAAAGACGAAAGUCUAACCAAGAUGCUACUUAUGGGGGAGUGAUAAUCAAUACAUGCGGUUGGGUUAAAGGAGAAGGGUAUGCGUGUUUAGUAAAUGCAGCAGAAGAGUUUGAAGUUGACGUUGUAAUUGUAUUAGAUCACGAGCGAUUGUAUAAUGAGUUACAGCGAGAUUUGCCAUCUUUUGUUAAGAUCUUGCAUCAGCCGAAGUCUGGUGGUGUUGAGAAUCGUUCGAAAGAAGUCAGAAUAUCGAGUCGCAAUGCUGCUGUACAUAAGUAUUUCUAUGGCACACGCUCAAUGCCACUUUAUCCACAUACAUUCGAAUUAUCAUUUAAUGAAGUUCAGUUUUGCAAAGUUGGCUGUGAACGAUUACCUAUCGAAUGUUUACCAUUUGGGAUGAAAGUUGAGGACCAUAGAACAAAAGUAGUAACAGUUGAACCAUCAGGAGAUUUGGUGCAUCAUCUUGUAUCGCUUUCUUUGUGUACAACUGUCGAUCAGUCAAUACUUACAACAAACGUGAUGGGUUUUGUUGUAAUUACGGCUGUGGAUAUGGAACGAGAAAAGCUAACAGUCCUAAGUCCACAACCAUAUCCGCUGCCGUCUAAGGUGCUAAUUGUUAGCGAAGUUACAUUUAUUGAUGAUAAGGAGCGGACUUGA